GCGAGCACCGACGCGUCCAAAUGGCAAGCCCGUAAUUGCCUCGCCGCGUCUGACCCUUUCCGAUCCAUGCGUCUCCCUCCCUCCGUUCCCACUACGCGCCUCACGUCGUCUCGUCCCCGACACACCCCACUCCUCCCCACCGAGCUCCAUUAAUGGCGCAUCCCUUAACUUAGCCGUAAUAAUAGCGGUAGCAAUACGAGUAUGGAGACCACGUGGGGACUGGAAAGCUAGCGCCAGUUCGGGAGGGGGUUGGGGGAGCUUCCCCACAUGGGGUACCAGCCCAUGCACGGCAGCGUCGGCGCCGUCGGGACCUCAGGCGGCGGAACAGACCAUCUGCACCACCACCAGCGCCUGCACAGCCCCCGCAUGGCCGGCGGGGGCUCGAUGACUCGCCGGGCCAACUCGUUCAAGCGCGGCGGGGGCGGCGAGAUCGAGCUCCAGAUCGGCUCCCCACGCUCGCCGAGGAGCGACGGGUUCGGGAGCCCGCCCGCCGAGUCUGCGGAGCCAUCCGGUAGUGGCCCGGGCGGCCUCCACCACCAUCAGAACCAGCAGCACCAGCACCUCCGGUUCCGGCUCUUCAAGCAGCCGGGCUCCAGCGGCGGCGCUGUCGAGGUCGGGCUCGGGCUGGGGAUCCGGGAGAGGAGGAACCUCGGGAACAUGCUGUUCCUCGCGUUCUGCGGCGUUUGCUUGCUCCUUGGUGUCGGCAAGUUCUGGGCAGGCGGGUGGUUCGCGCUCCCUAGCGACGAUAAAGGCGCCGAUUUGCAGGAUCUCUCUGUCUCCUUCUCCAGUGAUAGAGGGCAUCAAGUUGAUCAUCAUUUUGGAAUCAUGGGAGGAAAAGAGAGUGACAGGAUGUUGAGGACAGUGGAAUCUAGCAUUGGUGGAAGAGAAGACAGUGUGGCUGAGGCCUCUGAUGUCUGGUCUCAGCCAAGCAGUACACAGUUCAGACAAUGCAUUGUUUCAAACUCUCAUAAAAAGCAAGAUUCUCACACGAACGGUUACAUUCUCAUAAAUGCAAAUGGAGGUUUGAAUCAAAUGAGAUUUGGGAUAUGCGAUAUGGUUGCUGUUGCUAAGAUCCUGAAGGCAACGCUGGUUCUACCUUCACUUGAUCAUACAUCCUACUGGGCGGAUGACAGUGAAUUUAUGGACCUUUUCAACUGGAGGCACUUCAUUGAGUCACUGAAAGAAGACAUUGAUAUUGUUGAAACGCUACCCCCUGAAUACAGUCACAUUGAGCCUUUGGCUAAAGCUCCGAUAUCUUGGUCGAAGGUGAACUAUUACAGAGAUGAAAUCCUCCCACUUUUGAAGAAACACAAAGUCAUUUACUUUACUCAUACAGAUUCUCGCCUAGCGAACAAUGGCCUUCCUAGUUAUAUUCAGAAAUUAAGAUGCAGGGUUAACUAUAGAUCUUUGAAGUAUUCUCAUACAAUUGAAGAUCUUGGUACUACCUUAGUUUCGAGGAUGCGUCAGGAUGGAAGCCCAUAUCUUGCUCUCCAUCUAAGGUAUGAGAAGGACAUGCUAGCUUUUACUGGUUGUAGCCAUAGCUUGACAUCAGAAGAAGAGGAGGAAUUGUCUAAAAUGCGUUAUGAGGUCAGUCACUGGAAAGAGAAAGAAAUCAAUGGAACUGAGAGAAGAAGUUUGGGUGGUUGUCCUUUGACUCCAAGGGAAACUUCACUUUUACUCAAAGGAUUGGGUUACACACGAAGCACCAGAAUUUACUUGGUUGCUGGUGAAGCUUUUGGCAAUGGAAGCAUGAAGGCACUAAUGGAUGAUUUUCCCAAUAUUUAUUCUCAUUCUACACUGGCAACAGAAGAGGAACUUGCGCCCUUCAAAAACCAUCAGAAUAUGCUUGCUGGUCUUGACUAUAUUGUAGCUCUCCAGAGUAAUGUCUUUAUUUACACUUAUGAUGGAAAUAUGGCAAAAGCCGUACAAGGCCAUCGACGUUUCGAGAACUUCAGGAAGACUAUUAACCCAGACAGGAUGAGUUUUGUGAAUCUUGUGGAUAAAUUUGAUGAAGGAAGGGUGCCUUGGGAGAUUUUCAGCUCAGAAGUGAAAAGAUUACACAAAGAUCGAAUAGGUGCUCCAUAUUUUAGGGAACCUGGAGAAUUCCCCAAGCUAGAAGAGUUUUUCUUUGCAAAUCCCUUGCCUGGCUGUAUAUGUGAGAAACAUAGCGAGGAAUGAAGAUGUAGUAGUGCUGAUGAUUCUUUCCCAGCUGUGCCUCGUAAGUCAGAAAAUAUAGGUCUCUGCUGCCUGCCAGAUGUGACAUGCACAGCUGUUGAGUCAUGAUACUGAGUUUCUUCUGAUGACAGUUGAGACACAGGGCACUGGGGACAUUUAUUUUCAGGUUCAGCCCUCACCGGAGUUCACUGCACGAAGAACAGCGGAUGUUCUGUGAAGCUCAUGGCAGCUGUUAAUCAAUUUUCACACAACCAGAGCAUGUGAAAAGUUAGGCCCAUCACAUGUGCUGCUAUCGGUACAUAAAAGGUAUAUACACCGGAGGUGAUUAUGAUGAGGAUUUUGUAGUAUGUUUCCACAACAUCUGUUGUAAUUGUAACUAGCUGAAUUGCCAGCGCAAUUGCGCAACUGAUUUGAAAAUACGAUGCUAUAUACAGCUCCAACGUCUAUGCUUAUGAAAUGUAGUUACAAAUAGUGAGUGUGUUAUAUAGGUCCUUAGUUCAUAUACUUGAGAAUACAGUUUGAACUUGUUAUGCAACUGUAACAGCUAUAAGAUCCAUAUCCGACUAAUUUGCAUUAAUUUGGCAUCAGAAGAUGAGUAUCAUAGAUCA